CAACGCGCAAGCAUGGCGAGCAAGGUGUGGAGAGAGGAGACAGAAACAUCUCUUUCAUCUCCAUCUCUCUCUCGCUCGUCAUCAUCGUCACCCUCCCUCUCUCCAUCCAUUCAUCCUCCUCCGUCAUCUCAUCCGUUACCUCUCUCUCUCUCUCUCUCUCUGUCUUUGUCUCUUCCGGCCCCCCAUUCCCUUUCUUGUUCCACGACCCACGACUUGACACAAGACACGACCAUCCCUUCCUUCACACCCCGACGCUCCGCCCACGCGUUCAACCCAUCGCCCACUCCACCCGGCUCCUCCCCACCCUCCACGCGCGCGUCCAACGACCCACCACCCCGCCAGCUUGCACUAGCACGCUCCAGAACCUCCAGUCGCCACCCAGCAAUCACCAUCUCCCCCUCUCCCGCAAUCACGCGGGCUUACAAUCAUGUCACAAGCUUCACGUAUGGUCUACAAGAUCACCGUCCUCGGUGACGGUGGUGUCGGCAAGACAGCCCUCACAGUCCAAUUCACCAUGUCAUCUUUCGUCGAGACGUACGACCCAACUAUCGAGGAUUGCUAUCGCAAGCAGUGGGUCGUCGACGACCAGCCGUGCUUGCUAGAGGUACUCGACACAGCUGGACAGGAGGAGUACACGGCGUUACGGGAUCAGUGGAUUCGCGACGGAGAAGGAUUCUUGGUCGUCUACAGCAUCGCGGCUCGUAGUACAUUCGACCGUGUAGAGAAGAUUGUCGAGCGCGUCACACUCGUAAAGGACGAGGCGAGCAUGAGCGCAUCAGAGAAUGUGUACGGACGACCAUCGCCUCGACAGCGCAUGCGCACGCCAAUCGUCAUUGUCGGCAACAAGCGCGACCAGGGCAACGACCGCGAAGUAUCCCCAGAGGAAGGGCGCGCGCUCGCCACCCAGCUUGGCUGUGACUUCUUUGAAACGUCUGCCCGCCUCAACCAGAAUGUGGAGGCCGCCUUCAAGCAGCUUGUCCGCAGCAUCAAGGUGGCCAAGCGCGGGCCGGAGGCUGCCGCUCCCGUCGCCGCUCCGCACUCUCAGCCAAAGAAGAAGCACCGAAAGUGCGUAAUCUUGUAGCUGGCUGCGUCGCCGCUUCGGCCAAUGAGGCCAAUACCUCUUUAUGUUUCUAGACUUCCGGGAUACAGGACUACAGCGCAUAGUCUAUGCACCAGCGUGCAGCCAACCCUACUCUACAGCAACG